AUCUUUAGUGAUGUUGCCAAUAACGCGUGCGACACUUGAACAUUUUUGCAGAGUGUGUUUGCAGAAUUUAGAUAAAUGCAAUAGCACAAAAGACCUGAAAUAUGACUUAAAAGAUGAACCGCAAUUUUUACGCAUUCUGGAGGCAAUGGCAGAUGACGGUCCACAAACGAUAAGAACUGUUACAAAUUUGGCAAUGCCAACCCGCUUGUGCCAUUCCUGUUACACAAAACUUAGCAUGUUCUGCAAAUUUGCAGAGAUGUCCAUCUGCACAAGUGUUGCACUGAAUGAAUUGGCUGUCGAGCAGAAAGAAUUAACAGACAGUGCCAAAUUUCAAAUGAUUUGUGCAACAUGUUUUACGUUUAAGUCGGACCAUAAUGUUGUACCGAUUGAUAAUGCACAUGUUGCACACAAUUUGUUGCGCUUAAUAUUUACAGGAAUUGACAAAAGAAAAGUUAAGAACGGAAAUAACAUUUGCAAGCCUUGCUCUCAAAAAUGUCGAGUUUUUCAGGAAUUUCAAAGCACAUUACAAGAAAGCCAAAAAUAUCUGGAAUCCACCAUAUUGUCAAAAACAAACGAUUUAACGAGAUGUGUUGGGAGCAAUAAAAUAUACAAUCAAAAAGAGCAGAGCAAAAUAAAUCCGAUUGACUCGGCCAGUGAGAGGAGUGGUGAUCCCUUCGACUCAAUGGACGGAAUUCCACUCACUGAGAGCAGCUCAAAAUCUUCAAAUCAGCUUUGCUGCUCAGCUUGCCACAAGGAGUACAAAUCAGAAGCCCAGCUGCGUGUGCACACGAGACGUGUGCAUUGCAAGGCGGAGAACAAGUGUCCAUAUUGCCAAAGGGCGUUCAAGCGGAAACAUCACUUAACGGAUCAUGUGAGAUUGGUGCACGAAGGCGUUCGGGCACACAAAUGUGAGUUUUGUGAACGCUCAUUUGGAUUGGCCCGAACGUUACGCAUCCAUCUGAUGGGUCACACAAAUGAGCGUCCGUUUAUGUGCACCAUUUGUGAGAAGACAUUCCGCCAGAAGACUGAUCUCAGGAUUCACAUUGAUGACCACGCAGCGGUACCGCAGUUUCGAUGUCCAAUUUGCUCGCAUGGCAAAGCCAGCCAAGAAGAUCUGGACGCCCAUUUGGCGCGACACAACAACAAGGAUGGAUUCCAGUGCAGCACGUGUGGCAGGAAAUUUAAAAAGCUAUGCCAUCUAAAAGAUCACAACAAUGCGGUCCAUCUGAAAUUGCGUCCAUUUAAAUGCAGCCAGGAUGGUUGCGAAAAGGCAUUCGCCGCUCGUCGCACUCUGCAAAUACAUCUGCAAUCACAUGCGGGCAUUUCUCCGUACAAUUGCAAUAUUUGUGGCAAGCGAUUUUCUAGUAAGGCAAAUGUUUUGCGUCAUUCUCUCUCCCACAGUGAGACGGUUGUCAAAGCCGAGGAUACUUGAAACUGUCUUGGAAUAAAUCUCUGUUCCACUUAGUUUAAUAAUUCAAAUUUGUGCCUUCAAUAAAAUACAAUUCUUUAUUGGCAAA